AGGGGGAGGCCAACGGUUUCCAACUGAUCUUCACAACAUGCGCACCGCCCUCUCACUAUCAUUUAUGGGACCAUCGCUGGGUGCAGUUUUGUAGAGAUUUGUGAAGCCUGCGUGCACAUGCUGUGACUCGUGGGGCCUGCUUCCAAAAGCUGGUCUCCCGAGUGGAGAGCCAGACUCCGAAAACAUGUUUACGGUUUAUCCGCAGUCGAGAACCGCAAUCAGUUGCAGCUUAACGUUAGCCGGUAAAUGUGGCAACGUAUAGUUAAUUUAACUGAAAUGGAUGAAGACACAUCUGUUUCCCAACGACGCUGGCAGCUAAAGUAGAGGUGGGCAGGAUGGGGGAGCAGGCCGUCGGCGGCCCCGUGGCUGCGAUCUCUCCGCUGCAGCAGAUGUUGGCUUCAGGCACCGGAGCCCUCCUCACAUCUGUUUUUGUCACACCGCUGGACGUUGUGAAGAUCAGGCUGCAGGCUCAGCAAACACCCUUCCACCAAGCUUUAGCCUGUGAAUCUGUUCCAUGGGGUGGCGUCAUCCGCCCUUCCAAAAGGAAAUGUUUCCUGUAUUGUAACGGACUGAUGGAUCACAUCUACGUCUGUCAGAACGGAACCAGUUGCACCAGCUGGUACAAGACGCCGACACACUUCAGCGGCACACUCGACGCUUUUGUGAAAAUCAGCCGACACGAGGGACUCAGGUCUUUGUGGAGCGGGCUGCCGCCAACGCUGGUUAUGGCGGUACCUGCCACCGUCAUCUACUUCACCUGCUACGACCAGCUGCGGGACUUCCUGAGAUUCGGUUUGGGUCUCCAGGGCAGCCACGUCCCUCUUGUUGCCGGGGGUCUGGCCAGAUUGGGGGCUGUGACUGUGAUCAGCCCUCUGGAGCUCGUCAGGACUAAGAUGCAGUCCCGUCGGCUGCCCUACAGCGAGCUGCGGGCGUGUAUCCGCUCUGCUGUGGCCCAGGACGGCCUGCUGUCCCUGUGGAGGGGCUGGGGACCCACCGUCCUCAGAGACGUGCCCUUCUCUGCUUUGUACUGGUUUAACUAUGAACUUGUGAAGGCCCAGCUGUGCGAACGGUCCCGAACGACUCAGGCCAACUUCUCCAUCAGCUUCACUGCAGGAGCCGUCUCUGGAGCUAUCGCUGCAGUCCUUACGCUGCCUUUUGACGUGGUGAAGACACGCAGACAGAUCCAGCUGGGAGAAAUGGACACUCUGGGAGCUUCCUUAAAGAAAACCACGUCCACAUGGCACAUAAUGAAGAAAAUAUGGGCCGAGUUGGGCUACAGGGGCCUUUUUGCAGGUUUCAUGCCCAGGGUGAUCAAAGUGGCCCCAGCCUGUGCUAUUAUGAUAAGCACCUAUGAGUUUGGAAAGGCCUUCUUCCAAGAGAUGAACCUCGAUCGGGAGUGACCAGGUGUCGCUGGGUGUUUCUCAGUGGCACAGGACCACAUGCAGACAUCAUUAUUAGGACCGCUUGGACCAAAUCUCCUCAGACCGGCACUGGAUUUGGGACAAGCGACGCCUUUUUCCUGCAAAUCUGCUGUCUUGAAUUAUUAACGCAGACCGUGAUAAGACUUCAGACCUUGACCUUCAUAACCAGCUUGAACAAUGAGCCUGGAUGAUGAAAGAACCACAGACUUCAUGUGUGUUGAUUAUUUCUGCAGUUAUCCUAAAAAGAGAAUGUGUCUUUCAAAGUUUAAGCGUACCAAGUACCAAAUUACACUGACAUGAAUCGCACCCGUGAAUCCACUCACCCACUGUGCAGGCAGUGGUUUAAGGUACAAUGCAUGAUGGGAAAAUUGAAACCCUCCUCAGGAUUGCAGCAGCAACAGUUUCCCACAUUUGGCAAUGCCUGAAACCAUCUGCAUGGUGUGUACAGCUUUAUUCAGUACUGAAUCCAGAUGAGCUGCUCCAUCAGUCGGCGGCAUUACCCUGCUUUCCUUCAGCAGUGAUGCAUGACAUCUGAGUAGAUGAUUUACAAAUCAGUUUUCGAAUGCUGGAUAGAUUUUGAUCAUUUGCAGCACUUUAAAUUUGUGAAGCAAGAGCUGUGAAGCUAGAGCUUGUAUGUUGAGCCUCUUGUCUGCUCUCAAGUCAUAGUAUGCAAAACACAGCACCUGAUGGGAAAUAUUCUUAGAAGCUAUAGUUUCAUUGCAUGAAAUUUAGCCUUUUAUGCUAUAAUAAUAUUACAAGAAUUCAUGGACAUUUCAGCAUUUUUUGUUAAAACUACUGCAGCCAGAAAGUCACACAGAUUUUCUUAAAGAAAACAACUUUCCAGAUUUCCUCUGGUGGCAUUCUGGUAAUGAAAUGAUUUGAAUUUCCUGUGUACAAUAAACUUAACAUCAGGACUUCAUACAUCACUGGAUCAUAUCACAAAAUAUUAUUUCAGCCUUAACCUGAAAUUUGUAAAUGUCUGUCCUUUUUUUAAUGAAUGAAAUGGUAAUAAAUGUUAAGACAGUGUGA